GCAUUAUUGAGGUACAUUCUGUUUGCGAUAUACAUGUACAGGACUGACAUCAUGAUGAAGUUGGUUGCAAUAGUGCUGGUGUUACUUGUGAUUGGAUAUUCUGCAAAAUCUGAAAAGUCUGAUCGUGAAGGUGGAUGUCUGCAGGCUAAGAGUGCGGCAGAAGCAUUUGAAUGUGGAGCUGGAAAAACCUUGAAGUUCUUUGAUAACCUAGAAUCCCGUCAGAAGCUUCAGUUGCUUCCUGGAAUAACUCUCCUAAGUUCAAGUAACUCAUCGGAAAUAGGCAGGGCUUUAGAACAAUUAAGGCAUCUGCCGAACAAUCCAUCCGAAAGAAGGGACAAAUUGAUGGAGCUCGUUCUUGGUGCUGUCAGCAGAUUUACUUCAGGAAGGACGUUGCAACUGAACCUCGAUAAGCUGACAAGAGAGAAUCUAGCCAGAGCCAUAGAGGAGGGUAAAUAAAAUAACUGCAAAAAGACAUACGUGGUAGUUACAGUAUAGGCAUACAGAAGACAGACUCAACCCAUGUGAGUGCUUUCGAGAAUACAUAAAGAGCCUAGCCAGUUGAGGUCGAGAUCAAGUGCUUUGGUCGUGGAAAAGACAAGAAAUCUCCGAUGCCAUGGGUGAUCGCAGGUAUUGGACUGGUGCUACUGUUGGUUCCUGCUGCCUUAGGAGUUCUAGCAGUGUUAGCAACUAAAGCCCUCGUUGUUGGAAAGAUGUCACUCUUGCUGUCGCUAAUAUCUUUUGCCCAAUAUUUUUUCGCCAGCUCUGGUGGCAAGAAUGUUGUGCCGAGUGUGUAUGCAACCAAGUACGUAGGUACCUACGGACCUCCUGCAGACAACGGAUGGAACGGAUAUGAACCAGGUCCAGCUUACCGACGCAGCUUUGCAGUCAGGACCGAAGAUUCCACAUAUGCAAAUCAGUAGUUGACGAUCAAAAUACCAAUUAUUGUGGUAUCUCUUCU